GGAGACUAGAAACGAGCUUUUAAGCCCUUCCUUACGUCUUCUCCUCUCUGCCCCAAAACCCUCGUUCCAUUUCCGGCAGAGAGAGAAGAUGAAGGUGGUAGCAGCGUACCUGCUCGCCGUCUUGGGUGGAAACCCUCAACCUUCUGCGAAAGAUCUCCAAGCCAUCCUCGGAUCAGUGGGAGCCGAAGCAGAAGAUGACAGGAUCAAGCUGCUUCUGACGGAAGUUCAAGGGAAGGACAUCACCGAGCUCAUUGCUACCGGAAGGGAGAAAUUCGCUUCCGUUCCUUCUGGCGGUGGCGGUGGCGCUGCGAUCUCCGUCGCAGCUGCUGGCGGUGGCGGUGGAUCUGCCGCCACAGCGCCUGCUGCAGCCGAGUCGAAGAAAGAAGAGAAAGUCGAGGAGAAAGAGGAGUCCGACGAGGACAUGGGCUUUAGCUUGUUUGAUUGAGCGGUUCGAUCAAUUUUUGGUAUGUAUUGAAGCUUUUCUUUUUCCGUUUCAAAUGUUGGUAGAUUGGGAGCUUUUGUUAGGGUUUUAAUUUGGUUUCUAUUUUGUGUUUGUUGGGAUUAGUAGCGAUUGUCGCUUGUUUUUUCUUUCUAAUUCCAAGCAGUUAGUUCUUUUUU